CGUGCUCUCUAAUCCCGCGCCUUCCGGCUCCGGCGGCGACGCUCCCGUCGCCGCCGCCGCCGCGCCACCGGUGUCAGCCUCCCUCAGGAGACUCCAUUUGCUCUUGGUGCGGUCUGGCCACCGUGCUGGCGGUCGGAGAGCGAUGCCCCCGGCCGGCGGAAUGGCGUUCCCCGCGCCGAGCGGCCGCUCGCUCGCCGGCUGGCUGCGGCGGUGACACCCCGGUCGUCCCUCCGCGGGAGGAAAGACGUCCCGCGCUCUGGAGCUGGCCCGGCGGGGAGAGGCCCUUCCUAACGCGGCUCUCUCUGACCUCUUAAUUUCGGGAGGUUUCGAAGGCUCCGAGUAUCUCUACGGCCCCCACAGGAACUACUUCUGUUGGCCCAGCGAGGAUCGGCUUUCACCGGGAUUAUUGUAUCACCAUAUUCAGCGAGCUUCCCUCCCCAUAGCCUUUACAUCGGGACCUAAUUUCCACCAAUGAAGUUUUUUUAUGCUUUCUUUAAUAAUGUGACAUCGCCUCUUGUACUCCUUCCUCCUUUGCAGUUGCCAAAUCCACUAGGUAGAAGUCGCGUUAAAGUUCAGAAUUUUCUGCCUGGCCGCUUUCGCCUUGCUGGCACCGCUCGCUUCUGUCCAGCUCACCUUACCUUUUUGUGUUUGAUUUCCGCAAGCACUCAACUCGUGUAAUGUGUAGCCCUUGCCUAGAGAAGACAGCAUUGCUUACAAUGCUUGACAAAGACCACAUUUUGUCAAAGGGGUGAGCUUUCCAUUAUAUUUUCCUGUAUGUCAGCUUUGCAAGUCCUCUCUUGACUUAAGCUAUUUAUUCCUUACCACAUUUCUCAAAAUGUUUCCCUGAGUCUUAGAGGCUUUAUCAAAAAACCUUACCAGCCAUGAUCGCAAUAAUUGAGUAUGCAAUCAUACUGUUGUAGAGACCUUGUUAGUACAGUGUUGAUUCAAAUUCUAACCUCCAAUGAGACAGUUCAUGAAAAGAACUUAUACUAAGAAAGGAGGAAGACAAAAAUAGGGUUAAUUGGAAACAGGUAUUACAAGAACUUGUAUGUUUCAAACAGGCCAGCAAGGGUAGGGAUUCAUAUCUGUAAAUUGGCCAUCACAUUAUCCAUCUAGGUCCUAUGUGUGAGAGAAGGGAAGAAUCUUAAGACCUCAUUUUCUAUUCUCUUUGUAUUGAAAUCUAAGUUGUUCAUUAUCUUGUGCUAGUAAUUGCCUAAAAUAUUAGACCCUUAAAAUGCUGGGCAAACGCAAGCGUGUGGUGUUGACAAUUAAGGACAAGCUUGACAUUAUUAAGAAACUUGAGGAAGGCAUUUCUUUCAAAAAACUUUCUGUGGUGUAUGGAAUUGGUGAAUCCACUGUUCGUGAUAUUAAAAAGAACAAAGAAAGGAUUAUAAACUAUGCAAACAGUUCAGAUCCUACUAGUGGGGUAUCCAAACGUAAAUCUAUGAAGUCAUCAACAUACGAGGAACUCGACAGAGUUAUGAUAGAGUGGUUUAACCAGCAGAAAACAAACGGGAUUCCAGUGUCCGGAACGAUUUGUGCAAAACAAGCCAAGUUCUUUUUUGAUGCUUUGGGGAUGGAAGGUGAUUUUAAUGCAUCAUCUGGCUGGCUAACUCGAUUUAAGCAGCGCCAUGGUAUUCCAAAGGCUGCUGGUAAAGGAACAAAAUUAAAAGGAGAUGAAUCUGCUGCCAGUGAAUUUUGUGGGAACUUUAAGGAAUUUGUUGAGAGAGAGAAUCUACAACCAGAGCAAAUUUAUGGUGCUGAUCAAACGGGAUUGUUCUGGAAAUGUCUACCAUCAAGGACAUUAGUUCUUGAAAAUGAGCAUAGUACUUCUGCCUAUAGAUCAAGCAGAGAGAGAAUCAUUAUUAUGUGCUGUGCAAAUGCCACAGGUUUACACAAACUUAAUCUUUGUGUUGUGGGGAAGGCAAAAAAACCUCGUGCAUUCAAAGGAACUGACCUUUCAAACCUUCCUGUCACUUAUUUCAGUCAAAAAAGUGCGUGGAUAGAGCAAUCUGUUUUCAGACAGUGGUUUGAAAAAUACUUUGUGCCACAGGUACAGAAGCAUUUGAAAUCAAAGGGGCUUGUAGAAAAAGCAGUGCUGCUUUUAGAUUUCCCACCAUCUCAUCCUGAUGAUGAAAUGUUGAGUUCAGAUGAUGGCAGAAUAAUUGUGAAAUAUUUGCCACUAAAUGUCACAAGUUUAAUUCAACCUAUGAGCCAGGGAGUUCUAGCCACUGUAAAAAGAUACUACCGAGCAGGACUUCUCCAGAAGUACAUGGAUGAAGGAAUAGACCCAAAAAUGUUUUGGAAGAAUUUGACAGUGUUGGAUGCAGUUUAUGAAGUAUCAAGAGCUUGGAACAUGGUAAAAUCAAGUACCAUAACCAAAGCUUGGAAAAAACUUCUCCCUGGUGUUGAAGAGAAUUCGGGCAUGAACAUUGAUGAAGGAGCCAUUUUAGCAGCUAAUUUAGCAACAGUUUUACAGAAUACAGAAGAAUGUGAACAAGUUGACAUUGAGAAUAUUGAUCAGUGGUUUGACUCUCAAAGUAAUGACUCCACUUGUCAGGUGCUCACUGACGGUAAAAGUGCCGAGGGCCAGGCCAAGCCUGCUGAGCAAAAGACUUCCAGUAAGACUAGAAAACCGGAACUGAAUCCAGAGAAGCAUAUUAGCCAUAAAGCUGCACUCGAGUGGACUGAAAAUUUACUAGAUUAUCUAGAACAGCAAGAUGACAUGCUUCUGUCAGAUAAAUUGGUAUUGAGGAGGCUUCGGACCAUAAUAAGAAGAAAACAGAAGAUCCAAAAUAACAAAAGUCAUUAAUAGGGUUCUGAAGUGUUUCAAUGUAUUUGCAUAUUUUGACUGUUUAUCUGCAGUAAAACUUAAUUGAAGUCCUGUGGAUUCUAAGGCUAAAUACAUUUUAUAAAUGAUUUUAGGAUUAGAUGCCAUUUUGGAUUACUUAUGUUCCAGCUCUUUAAUGUUGGUUGACUCUAGUCAUUGAGCAUUGACAUGUAAUCAUUUUGUCUACUGUUUCUAAUUUGUGUUUUGCUAAUUAGGUCAUAAGGCCCUGAGGUCAGGGAUCUUGUGUCUAUUUUGUGCCUAAAUUUUAAUGUGUCUAAUAAAGGGCCAUGCACACUGGAGGCACUCAAUAAAUCUUACUUAAAUUGAAUUUUUAUGACUUUCUCUU